GCUAGUUUAAAAAUGAAGCGCGCAGGAUUCAGGAAGUGAGCAGAGACGUCUCUGGAUUUAGCUAACUGCUAAAAUAUACGAAACAGAAACUGUGUGAAGUGUGUUUAUCUCCAUGUUUAUGCCAGCAUGUCGUUGCUGAAGCCGUUUAGUAAACUACCUGCUUUGAACACAGCCACAAUCUUGCUGGUGGAGAGUGAGGAGCAGUUUCAGCAGAGUUUAGCAGACGCUCUGGUGAAGGAGACCUCUGUCACUUUGAAUGUGAGACUAGCCAAGAGUCUGCCUCUGCCAAAGGAGAAUGACGAGGGUCGUCCGAGGAUAGACCUGGUGGUGUUCAUCAUCAACCUGACAUCAGAACUCAGUUUUCAGUCAGCAGAAGCUUCCCUGAAACAUUUGGACCCUGGAUAUUUCCUUGGAAAAGUCUGCUUCAUGGUUAUUAAUGCUCGUAGCGCUUCGGUCCCUAUAGAGCGCCUGGACGCUGUUAGGAAGCUGGCUGCAUCGCUCCAAUGCCCCCUGCUCUUUGCAGAGGAUCAGACACCAGAUGGUGUGACCAACGCUACAGAGAGGCUGCUGACCAUCCUCAGGGUGGCAGCUGGCCUUGUUCCCAUGGCUACAGCUCUCUACCUGUCCAACCUGACUCGAUGCACCGUGCCACCAGACAUCGACCAGCCGAGCUUUGAUUAGUUCCUGUGACCCAUUUCUUUGAAGGGAUUUCUUCUCUGACUUUUCUAUUAUUAUAUUUAUUUGUAAUUGAUCAACACAACAGGUGUACUGUUAAUACUUUGUUAGGAUUUCAUCUGUUUAUUUUACAUGUUUGUGCUUUUGGCUUUUUGCUGCAGUUUUCUUCUUUUCUAGUAUUAUUUUAGGGUUGUAGUAUUGCUAUAAAGUGCCUGUAAGCAGAACUGGUUACUCAGCAGUUGUUCAAUGUGUGUGUGUGUGUCAGAAUAUAUAAAGAACCUAACAGGCAUGUUUUUCAGAAGACAUUUUGGCAUGUCACAGCAGGAAAACAGGUGUAGAUAAUAAGAUUAAAUGAGCUUUUCUGGUAUUGUGCGUGCUGCCAGACUGUCACACUGUUAUGUGUAACUGGGACACUUAGAAACAGCAGAGAGGUUAAUGUUAUUAAUAACACCAAUGAUCUUCAGCUACAGUAUGACAGUUUAAAAGACCUAUCUGCUAUCAGUUACUGGGAGUUAUAAAUGAUGUUUGACAUGAAGUAGAAUAUUUUUAACCUGAUCAGUGACCUUAAAAUUGAAACUUUUAUUCCAGAGACAGAGUCAACACAGCACACAAAAAUGCAAUUUGAAAAACAUAUUGUGUAGGAUUUGUCGGUUGCUGCUUGUAAACUCAACAUUCAACAUUCCCUGGCUCAAUGACACCAGAAAUGCUCGCUUUAUCCUGUCCGCUGUGGCCUCUGUGCUCUGCCACAAUAACUGAAAACACCUGUCAGGGACAAUGAUGUACCAAUAUAAACUACACAACAUAAUUUGUUUUGCAUUGUGUAUAUAAUUAUAAUGCAGCACAGACGGUUUUCUCUGUAUAUACCGUGUGGAGUUUGUUUGUUUUCAUGGUUCAUAGACAUUUGAACUGUAGAUUUUUUUUUUUUUUCUUUUUUUAGGUUUUUAAUAUCAAUACAAGAAAAUAGAUCAGCUAUGAUCAAUAAAAACAUAACUGACCUCUUUGGGGUUAUACUGAAUCUUCCAAUUGGAGAAAAUUAUAUUGAUUGACUAAGUUUUUUGUAUUAAAAAAUAAAAUUCAUAUUUGUAAUUA